AUGGAAUUUGAUGAAGACGAUGAAGGCCCAGUUUUGCCAAAAAGUAAUUCUGAAGAAUUUCGGCCAUUUAUGCGGCGUUUGCCUGAAUUUAAAUUUUGGUUAUCAACAAUGAAGUCAACACUUGUUGCGUUUACCUGCACCUUUUUUGAGGUUUUUGAUGUACCUGUAUUUUGGCCAAUUCUCGUCAUGUAUUUUAUUGGUAUUUUUUAUUUUGUUAAUUCCCUUCACCCCCAAGAAAAGAGCUUGAACAACUUCAAGUUCUGGGUUUCUGACAGUAAUUUGAGGUUGCAUGUCCUAGCACCAAGUCUUGGGUUUUGA